AUGUCCUCCAUGGCGACUGUCCACGUCUCUCCGCCCUCCGAAACACUCCCUCGCCCGAGCGACGCAGACUCCAAGCUCCAUCACCGUCAAAAGGGCGUCGGAUUCGUCAAUCCGUGGCCAUCCUACGCCGAGCCCAAGCUCUCCGAAUUCCUCAAAUGGAUCUUCUUGGGCAAAAUCACGGGCUCCCGUACCGAUCCUGACACCACCCCUCCCCACCUCUCCGUUCACGCGCCGUCAUUCCUACCCACGCGUGCCACCAAAGCCCUUCGCGCGACCUGGCUUGGCCAUGCUUGCUACUAUCUCGAGCUCCCGAGUGGUCUACGCGUCUUAUUCGAUCCCGUCUUCACUCAAGUCAGUACAGUUUGGCGCACAGGCGAAUGCUGGUAUGGCUGACCACGCUCCUCACACAGCGAUGCUCGCCCUUCACCUUCCUCGGCCCGAAACGGUACACAGACAUGCCCUGCCAGAUCGAAGACCUCCCGUUCAUCGAUGCCGUGGUCAUCUCGCACAACCACUACGACCACAUGAGCCAUCCUACACUCGUCAAGAUACGGGAGAAGCACAAGAAUGUGCAUUUCUUCGUGCCGCUAGGCAAUCUCGCAUGGUUCGAGAGGGAAGGAUUCCAAAAUGUGACGGAGCUUGAUUGGUGGGAAGAGAGGGAUUUGCGCAUAUCACUGGGUGCGGAAGAGGCUGAGAAGACCGGUAUCAAAGAUAUGGAGGCGAGGAUCUCGUGUCUACCGUGUCAGCACACCUCUGCUCGCGGUGCAUUCGACCGGUCACACACACUCUGGGCAUCAUGGUCUGUUCAGUCUGGAGGCAAGAGCGUGUGGUUUGGCGGAGACACAGGAUAUCGCAGCGUUCCUCACCUGCCAGCGGAAGAGUUUGACUACGGAGACAAACACGCCGACCUUGCUCGUUGCCCGGCGUUCAAGCAGAUUGGCGAAUUGAGAGGACCUUUUGACCUGGGCCUGAUUCCCAUUGGAGCAUACGAUCCGCGCUGGCUCAUGUCCCCGAUGCAUGCGAAUCCUUUUGAUUCGGUCAAUAUCUUCCAAGACACUAGGUGCGAGAGAGCACUGGGCAUCCACUGGGGCACUUGGGUGCUCACUCAAGAGGAAGUUCUUGAGCCGCGCAAGCUCUUGAAGGAAGCGCUGAAGUGGAAAGGUCUGGACGAGGAGGGCGUUUUUGACGUGUGCAAUAUUGGCGAUUCCAGAGAGUUCUGA